AUGAAGAUUCAUUUCUCGCAUUAUCUUCCAUUCAUCGUCUCUCUCCUUCUAGCAACCCCAAUCCAUGGGCAGGAUGAUCUCAGCACCGAUGACACAGACGGUGGCCUGGUCAGUUCUGCACAGGGUGGACCAAACCUGUGUACAUCGGACGAUAUCGCCAAAAUGGAUGUAAGCGGCUGUACCUGUCCAUCGACCUUCCCGCCAAAUCCCAAGGACCUGGUAUGCGUUGGAAAGUCAACACCCUGUCCUAUCAACUGCAGUCCUUCUCCACCACCAUCUCCCGUGGUACCUCGAUCAGAGCUGUCCCAAUGCUACUCCGGCUGUGUCAAUGCGAACUCCCAAUGCAACGGCUGUUACAUCUGGUUCUCCAGUCUAUGCCGAUGUAUCCGCUCGUUCCAAGCCGGGUCUCAGACAGAUUGUAUCGCCAGUCCUUCCAUUGGCACAGGACCGCCCCUGCCCAAUCAGUCCCCGUCGUGGGUCGUCCUCGCCACAGGAGACUUGAUCACCACGACGCAGUUGAUCCCGGGCAUCUUGCAGUUAGGGUCAGCUGUUGACGUUGACGGUGGAUUCCGGCUGGGCCAGAAUACGCUCAGGAACAGAAGUAUCAGGGAUACGGGAACACUGGCGAUGAAUAGUGUCUCUGCGCGCUCUGAGGACCAGAUUCAUAUCCAUAUCUGUGACAAGCAGAGCAUUCCUCUUCGCGGGAUCAUUGAUAAUCUGGAUCCGAAUAAAUAUAAGACUACAACUUCUGUUGAUCUGUCGAAUUAUCCCAGACCGAAUGCUGCGAUGUCUUGUCGGGUAUCGCCUAACAAGGGCGAGGAUGUUAAUGUGGGUCGUGAUAUUGUUACUUGGUUGCAACAGUAUACUAGUCAGACGACUAAAGACUCUUGUGCUCAGUAUGAUGUCGGAGCUGGGGUUAUUACUGACAAGAAUGGGUUCUCUUGGGCUUGUAUUACCACGGGCCCUAGGGCUGCUGAGAGUCUGUUUUGCACUGAUUGA